AAUUGGAAUGCCUGAAAAGGAAAAACCUCAUCAAAAGUCUACAUUUCCACCAAACAAGAUUGAAAAAAACAACAAUCUUUUCCUUCUCUCCAAAUUUUCUGAUAUUCAAAACAUAAGAUCAACCAACCAUGAAGCCAAGAAAUCUCUCUGAAACAUAUGUCGGAUUAAACGAAACAGACCCAAUUACUUGUCCUUAUGGUUGUUAUGAUCCAUACAUCAUCCCACCGCCACCGCCGCCGCCGCCGCAAAUCGCUAGAGGAAGUCACCCACUUUCACCAUACAUCGUUGUCAUAUCCACUUCCAUCGCUAGCUUCAUCCUCCUGGUUGUAUCCUAUAUCAUCAUCAAAAGAUGCUGCUCUCGGAGGCAGGUGUCGGAAAAUCAAGUGGCGGACCAAGAUGAAAACUUUUUGGAUGAGAAUCAUGGCCCGGCGACGGCGAUCGAUCAUCACAUCUGGUACAUAAACACUGUCGGAUUGCAGCCUUCGAUUAUUAACUCUAUAUCGGUGUUUCGGUAUAAGAAAGGGGGAAACAUGAUUGAGGGUAAUGAUUGUUCUGUUUGUUUGAGCGAGUUUCAAGAAGAUGAGACGCUGAGAUUGCUUCCGAAAUGCAGCCAUGCUUUUCAUAUUCAUUGUAUUGAUACUUGGUUGAGAUCUCACACCAAUUGCCCUCUUUGUAGAGCUAGAAUUGUGUCGAAUUCGAAUGGAGGACCGAAUUUGGGUGCGUCUAUCGAUCAAGACUCUCCUGAUUUGGGUCAAGACGAAGGAUUAACCCUAACCCAGAUGGGGAAUUCGGGUGAGAACAGGGGGGGAAGAGUAGAAAUUAAUGAUGUUGUUGAUGAUGAUGAUGAGCUUAGAGAUUGGAGUUUCAUUAGAAGGUCUGUUUCAAUGGAUUUUGGACAUUCCUCUGUUCCCAAAUCAUUGGAGAACAUUAAUGAAAAUGAAGAAGGUGCUAGUUCUGGAAUUCAGGGGAUAAUGCCAAAGAGGGCUUCUUCUUCUGCUUCAGUUUGCAUGAAGAGAUCGUUCUCUUGCAGUGGCAGGAUGAUCUUGACAAGAUCCAACCGCAACCCUAAUCCGAUUCUUCCCUUAUAAAGGGUUGUCUCUCUUUGUGUUACUAUACAAAUUUUGA